AUGCUGUCAAGCCCAGAAUCCGAUAGCAUCGACUCGUCUUUAAAGUGCGAUUAUCCAGGAUGUCAUGCAGCUUAUCAACGAAAAGAGCACCUAAACCGACAUAUGUCACACCAUAAUCGAAGAGAGCGCUGCUCCUGUCCUUAUUGUGACAGUACUUUAACCAGAAGGCAUGCUCUAUCUGAUCUCUUACGUCGCCAUGUUCGGAAGUACCACCCAGACAGAGAAUUGCCGCAAUCGCGGGCGCUAAGGGCCUGCACAUCUUGCCAUGCUCGAAAAGAGCGCUGUGACGGCGGGUACCCAUGUGCUCGAUGUCAGCGCAGAGGGACUGAUUGUUCACUCACGCGCCAAAAGACUGUUCUAGUUGACCGUACUAUGCGAGAAAAGCAAACUCUCUUUAGCAUAGACUUGGUGGGUUUUGCACCUGGCACGUCCAGGUGGAUCGGCCAAGACUUUCUCGAUAUUUACUUCCGUGACUUCCAUCCCGCUUGGCCGUUCCUUCAUCGAGGGACUUUUAAGAUGUCGACAGAGCCAUGUGUCCUUGUUCAAUCGAUGGUGAUGAUGGGACUGUACAUCAAAGGUGAUCAAAAAUCUCGCGACACGGCGAUGACCUUUCACACUAAGUUGAUAUCCGCCAUUGAAGCUCAAAAGUCCGAAUGGUAUGUCUCGGAAUCGACGUCAGGUCUGAGUAAUGAAGCGUCCUGGCCAAUAGCGACCUUCCAAAGUGUCCUUUUACAGAUUAUAUUCGCCCUCUUUGUGGCGGAACGAGAGACUACCUUCGAUUUAAGCUGUCGCUACCGACUAUCAGCUCCCGCCUACGGACUUCUCACAGCACUGGUAGAAACCUGUCGACAAGUAGGUUUGUUCUGCUACCCGACUAUGCUCAGCAAACACCACCCCUCUGCUCCAUUGGCACUUGUGUGGUAUGUCGGUCAUGUACUUCUGGUGUCUCUUCCGACACGGAGCCUACCUUUUCGCAGAGAUGGUCAUCCCUUGAAAAGUGAGCUCUUAACACUCGCAGACUUAAAUUUCUGCCUGCCGGAUAGUGAUGAAUUGUGGAACGCUCCGCCCAGCCAACGACCUGCGUUGAUUCGAGGUGCUGCUUCCCAGCAGCUGUUCAGGGAUAAUCGGGACUCAGGCAGCUGGAUAUCCCAGACGUCGAGGCAAUUGAACGAUGCUAGUGUCUCGUUUGAUUGGAUAUAA